CCCAGCUUCACAUAACUGGUAACUCUGUUCUUCUCUUUCCUUCCCUCCUCUGAAUCUCACCAUAAAAACCUACAGAUCCUCUCGUUCUCUCCCACCAUCUCUGCAAUUUUACGGAGCUCUCUCCAGAUUCACCAGACACAUCAGAUCAGCAUUCUGAAUCCAUAAUGGCUCUGAAGAAGCCCAGCAGACUCCCUCAGACCGCAGUUCUGAAGCAAAUUCUAAAGAGAUGCUCGAGCUUGGGGAGGAAACGAGGGUAUGUUGAAGAAGGCUUGCCUAUGGACGUGCCCAAGGGUCACUUUGUUAUAUAUGUGGGAGAAAACAGAAGUAGAUACGUUGUCCCAAUUUCAUUUCUAAGCCGCCCUGAGUUCCAAAGCCUUCUCCUUCAAGCCGAAGAAGAGUUCGGGUUUGAUCACGACAGGGGACUCACAAUCCCUUGUGAGGAAGACGCCUUUGAGUCCCUCACCUCCACUCUUAGAUGAAAAUGUACAUCAAACUAAGGAGACACGGGCUAUACAUGGAGCUGCCUCACUGCUCUCUCACUUUAUUUUCUCUGCUUCUUUUGUUUUAUAUUGUAAGAGGUUGUUCUUUUAAAGUAGCAACUCUCACCUCAACAGAUUAACCCCAUGAAAUUUUGUUAUGGGAUUAGACUGUCUGUAGAUCUAGAAAUUAGCUUACCAAUUUUCAUGCAGUGGUGGAGGCAGAAGCUGGCUAGUGUAAUGCCAAUGCACCCUAUGGAGAACUAAUAGUAGUCCUUUGUUUUCUGGGAAAUAAAUUAUUAAAUUAAAGUCGUUCUGUCAUAUACGAUAUUGCAUCACACAAACAACUGAAUCAACUUUUGAG